CUCUCUCUCUCUCUCUCUCUCUCUCAUUCCACCACAGUCAUCCACUCCUCAUCACCGACUCUCACUCAUCCACCUGUCCCACCCUUCUUCUUCUUUCUCCUGAGGAAAUUACUUCUUUUUUUCUCCACCUUUAAGGAAAAUUUACAGAAUGGCCAGCAGCUUCUCCAGAAUCCUCUCCUCGCAGCGGAAAAUCGGGCUCCUGUCGUUUGUCGGAGGUUCGGUAACGGCUGGAUUUCUGCUCCACCGGGAACAUGUCAGAGCGGGAGUCCCGGUCCGCAGGAGUUACCCCGCCAGGUACCGUCACCCCACCGGGCCGUUGGUCCGUUAUCUGCACUCAGGGAACCAUGUUUGUGUUUUUUCUCUUUGUUUUUAAGUAUAUGUUUAAUUUUCUGUGUUGAAAAUGUCGUUUUUUGAUGUAAUUGUUGGAAAAUGGCGCGGUGUGAAACAUAGAAGUAACCUUGGUAUCGGAGCUGAGUUUCUAGAAGAGGGCAUCUAAGGUAACGGCAGCUUAAAGAGGAACGACAUGGAGGGGUGUGCUACAUCAAUUAUUAGAAUUAAAAUGAAUACUUAUUAAAAAUGAGAGUUAGAUUAUUGAAAUAUGAUAUCAUAUCUCAGGAAUUUAAAGAGUAAAAUAAUUAAAAUGUCAUUUUUGUAUCAACAAAGACGUAAAUGAGCUAAUACUGUGAACACACCAUUACAGACAUUAUCUGUAAAAUGGUUUGGGGUUUAAAUAAGGGGGCAAAUUAACCAAAUUUUUGCAAAUUUUGGGCUUUUUACCUACAGAAGGGAACUGCAGAGCACACUCCCAGAUUAUAGCACAUCACCCUUGAAAAGCAGAAGGUGAAUUAUGACAAAAACUCUGACAGUAAUGCUUAUUUUUAAGUCUUUUCUUUCAUUUGUAGAGAAAUUUAAGACUGUCCUUAACUGCACCUGAUUUCAGAGGACGAAAAAAUGUGCUACGUGGAGGAUUAUGGUUAUAAAUGGUGUGGUUAAAGCUAUAGAGCAGGAAAAUGAAAGUCACAGAGUGGUUGGGGUGAUGGUGUGUACGUGGUCCACAACACGCAGGCUUGCUUUAUACGGCAGCGCAUAGACACAUAAAGAUCAGUAAAACCUUAUCUGCAGCUCAGAUAUCAACCCCAGCCCUGAGUGUUACGUAACUGUCACACUAAACGUUCACCUGCAGCAGCAGAAUGAUUCAGAUGCAGAAAUAAAUUCAUCAACAAAGACAUAAACACCAGUUUGCAGAUUUGUCUUUAAGCUCAGUUGCUCUCUCCUUUUUCUGGGGUCACCUCAGGCAAGCCAUUUUUAACCCCUUAGUGUCCAAAGACCCUUUUUUAUGAUUUACUCUGAUUAGGAGAAAGCCAAAUUGUUGGUCCUGAUGGGCCCAUGGUCUGAAAACUGGUUCACACACACAGAGUUAGGGUGUGACCAGAAAGCCAUCCCAGAUGCCAACAAUCUGAGGGAUGUAACAAUGUCUAAAUCUGAUAACAUGAGUGAACCUUAAUAACAGACCCAGCUGCAUAUUUAUUGUGGUAUUCAGAAAUAAAAAAGGAGAAUUUGUCCUGAUGCCUCUUUGUGUCCUAACCUUCUGAAUCCAUUGUUGUCGAUCACAAAAACGGUCGUAGGUCUUGAGCUGAGUAUUUAAUGCUCUCAUGAGGAAGUGAAUGAAUAUUAACAGGGUAACAAGUGGCCAAGUGUCUCACAUAUCACUCUUAUCACCCUGAUGAGUGGGUCACUGCACUCUGACAGUGUGUGCACGUAGUCUCCUGCUCUCCCCGCCUGCAGAUGGAGAAGAGAGGCAUGAGUAAUGACCGUCCAAAAAUAUUGUAGAUAUGCUGUUUUCUCCUGUCGAAGUUUAUCUCUGUAGUAUUAUUGAGUAAUUGUUUUUCUCAGCCUUUCUUAUCAGUCCUUAUCAGUAUAACUAACAGGAAUCUCAGGGAGGAGUAUAUAAACCUCCUCAGCUCUUUUGGAUCAUACUGAAUGCUUUAAGCCAGUAAAAGGAGGAUAGUGUCAGGUUUGCAACACUAUGACUCCUUUUAUUAAAACAGUGAGAGUUUCAUCAUUUUCACUGCAUCGCCCUGCAUGACAGUUCACAAGUGACCAGUGAGUCAUCCUUCCAUCGUUCCUGUGAGGGAAAAAAGAAAAACUGUACCCCUUUGCAGGCAGCUUGUUGGUUUUAUUAAAUCCUGCACCAAAAGCAGAAACUGAGGCACACUGCAUCAUGUGGACAUAUUGGAGCACACUCAGUGGGAUGACACCUGCAGCAGCCACCUGUGUUUUUUCUGGCUCUGAUAGGUGCUCACAGUCAUCACUGUUGAUCUUCCUCAGUUUCUGCAGUCUUUGCUUAUUAAUGAUUCUAAAAGAAGAACCUCCAUAAGAGCUGAUAGUGAGUUUGUGUCCCUCCAUGACUGUCAUUUCUAAAGUUCUCUUUUUUUAUUCCCCAUAUGUUCAUCAGUUGCUCCAUGAUAGGACACGUCUUGUCCAUUGUUAUCUCUUGGCAGCCAGCAGGAAACUUGAACUCCUGAGAGACUGAGUCUGUGCUGUCUCUGCAGUUGAACUCUCGUCACAACAAAAGCCAAUUUCAUUUCGUUUCGUUUCAUUUCAUUCCGGUUUGGCUGGAAGCCUAAAUAAUUCACUUGAAUAUAAAGCUUCACUUCUAUAGUUUAUUCAGCAGCAUUAUUUGACAGUAUGAGGAGAAAUCUAAAAGCUUUCUCCUCCACUUUUAAAGCACAGUGUGUGAAAUCCACAGGCAUGUAGAACAGACUUGUAGGAAUGAAAUUUACCGCUAAGUAUGUUCGAUUUACUGUAUAAUCAUCAGAACAUGUAAAUCGUGUAUAUCUAUGUAUAUCUCCAUAGGAUGUUUCUACAGAAACACAGAAUGGACAAACUAGUUACAUGCAUGUUUUUGUAUUUUUGAGGAAUGGACGACAAAAAUGAAAACGAGGAGAGGGGAGUGGUUGUUGUUGUUUUGUGCAAAAUUAUUGUAUUGAUGCUAAAAAAUUGACAAAUGACGGAUUAAAUUUAUCAUACAUCACAGGAGCUUUUUGUCCUUGAAGGCCACCAUCUCUUCACCAACAGGAGCGGUGAACAAAGGAGCAUUUUCAUCUAGAAUGAGACUUUGAGAUAUCACAAAAUAUAUUCAUUUCUAUAGCCUGUGCUUUUAUUUAUUUAUUUAUUUCCAGCUUGUUGGCAGCAAAGGUCAGCUGCCAUCAAUGUGUUUUGCAUAGCAACAGAUAUAAAUACUCUUUUCAAGCUUCCUGCUUCAGAUUCCAGUGUUAGUAUAUGAGUAAUACCUGUACCAUAGUACCUCAGACACAGACGGAUCAGUAUAUUUUCAGGUGUAGAAUCACUGGUUACUGAUAUCCUGACAUUAAACCAGCAGUGAGCCGUUGCUUUUUGUUUUCUACUUAAAAAAAAAAGAUGGAUAGGUCAGACGAUUAAUGGCAUUUUGAAAUAAUCUGCUUCACGUCCACAUCCACCAUCAUCUUAUCUAAAGAUCUCCUCCUACAUGACGCCAGAUCAAAUCUAAAACAGUCACUGCCAAGUUUUUAAAGUUACUGUGAGGAGCUUUCAGUUUCACUCAAUUUUGGCGCCCCCUGUGGACAACGCCGUAGCUAAUUUUGUCCUCCGCAUGCUUAAAAAAAAUCAUCUCGCUUAAUUCAUGUCACUCAAAUAUAUCAUUUAUUGUGCGUACACUUGACAAUCGUAAGAACAGGGCAGUACUUGAGCUGUCUCAGGCAUUAAAAGUAACUGUGUGAAAAUAGUCUGUUUUGUUGCUGUUGGUCUUAUUUCGUAAAAAUCGUAAAAAAGCAUCAACAUGAAUUCAUACAUGUCAAAAAACUCCUCACUGUAGCUUUAAUAUUGAUUCUACUGUGAUUUUCUAAAUGAAAAUGAUGAAUGAAAAUGUUCAACCACUAAUAGUGAUAAUGUGAUCAUUGAAAUGAAACCAGUUUAUUUUUUUGUGCGUAUAUAUCCUACACAGUUUGGAUCAUGGUGUUAGAAAUGAUCACUGACUGUUUGUCUCAGUUUCGGCCUCAUUUGAAGCUGAUAUCCUCACUGCUGCUCCUCCUGUCUGGUCUUUCUGAGGGAAAAUGCUGUGAUGGCAUGUUGGAAACUAUUUGAUCAAGAGAGCAGAAGGAAAAGUUUACGAAUCAGAGUUUGACUGCAGCUGCAUGCCAAGUAGUACCAGGCUCAUGUCCCUGUGUCCUACAUGUCUCCUGUCCACACACUCACAGGUUUGACCCAGGUUACCUUCAAACACACCAAACUGGAGGAGUGUCCUUCAUGACUAACUCAGCCCACCCCCUCAGAGGGCACGGCUCCACUCCUGACAUCAUGCGCCCACUCUGUCCACUCAAAACCUUUCCCCUCUUUUCAAAGUUUGAUGCACUAAAACGUUAUCUCGCGUUUGUAUUUGUACAGCGCGGAGUACCCUGACCUGCGCAAACACAACAACUGCAUGGCCAGUCACCUGACACCUGCCGUCUACGCCAAGCUGUGCGAUAAGGCCACUCCCAACGGUUACACACUGGACCAGGCCAUCCAGACAGGCGUGGACAACCCCGGGCACCCCUUCAUCAAGACCGUGGGCAUGGUGGCAGGAGACGAGGAGUCCUAUGAGGUCAGACAUCAGAUAUGAGACAGAGGAUUUUUGAUGUAGAGUUAUUAGAUGUUGUACCGCUCUGUGAAUGAAUCUAUGUCUGCUUUUGAACACGUGAACCUGUCGGGUUUGACUCACUUUCGGGGUCAUUUGAAGAACUGAAGUUUUUGACACUUUCCCUUUAGUUUCACUUUCAGCCAUCUGUCAUCAACUUGUGCAAUCUUCACCCGUACUCCCAGUUACUGUAAGAAUAAUUUCAACAUACAUGACGACUCAAAGAGCGCUGUCACCCAUCCUCCCUGUCCUCACCCAUCCUCCCUGUCCUCACCCAUCCUCCCUGUCCUCCCUUUUUAAGAGGAAGGAGGUUUACAGAACAGGAGAUGGAGAGUUUUGGAUGAGGACGCCUCUUCUGGGAGACCUGUGUGUCUAUCCAUAGCGAGGGUCAAACUGUGUUUCUCCUGUUAACCGUCUUUUGUUGAGUAAUCAUGAUGUGUCAUUAUUAUCAGUCUCCAUGUUGUAUUUCAUCAGAGAGGCCGAGUCAUUAAGUCAACGUGUUUUCAACAAUGUUCCUUAUUUUAGAGAAUAUCCGACACAAACUGUUUCGAAGCAGACGUGAGUUUUGUUUAUUGUUCUCCUCUCUGCACUCGAUGAAGCCGAUGGAUAAUAAAGCACUGUCACACAGUAUAAAGGGAAUAAUAGUGCUAUCAUAGAGGCUGUAAAUGCCCCGAGUGUUUAAAAAGAUUCACCCUUUUUUAACUCGAAGGAAACUUGAACUCUUGAACUCAUGUUUUGUCCAAACCCGCUCUGUCAUUUACACUCAUGAUUUCUGUAUCUGCUUCAGGUAUUUGCCGAUCUGUUGGACCCCGUCAUCAAAGAGAGGCACAACGGCUAUGACCCUCACACCAUGACGCACCCCACUGAUCUGGACGCCAGCAAGGUAACACCUCAGCGAAAACACAGAUUUGUUUUCUUCUAAAUCACUGGAGUGACUCAAAAACUCGUCACUCCAAUCCCUCCUUUCAGAUCCACUCCGGACAAUUCGACGAGCGCUACGUGUUGUCAUCCAGGGUGAGAACAGGCCGCAGUAUCCGCGGGCUGAGUCUGCCCCCCGCCUGCACCCGGGCGGAGCGUAGGGAGGUGGAGAGGGUCGUCGUGGACGCCCUCGCCGGCCUGAAGGAUGACCUUACAGGGAAGUACUUCAGUCUCACCCAGAUGACAGACAAAGAGCAGCAACAGCUCAUCGAUGUGAGUGAUGUCACAACGCCGCCUUACAUCAUACUUUGACUCCCUGUGAUGAUGAUGUGACCAUAACUUUACUUCAUUAUAUUUCUGUUUUCUUCUGACAAAACUGAGCGAUUGAAGUGUUCAAAGCUCCAGCUGGAUCCAUCAUUGGCUCCUCGAGUAUUAACCCUUUGUUUUCUGUUUACACGAUAGGACCACUUCCUGUUUGACAAGCCUGUGUCACCCCUCCUGACGUGCGCAGGCAUGGCCAGAGACUGGCCGGACGCUCGCGGUAUCUGGUGAGUAAAAACCAGACGAGUUUUGUGGAUCUGAAAUCUGAAACUUUGUCAGUCUGAGAGUUUGAGCUGCUUCUUUGUUUCCAGGAUAUUUAGAGGUUUGGACCAACGUCUGUGUUUUCAAGACCACGACUCAGAGUUUAGAUGAAUGAUCUGACUUUAAAGGUCCAAAAACGAUUCAGUAAUGAUCUUCAGUCUGUGAUGUUGGGAGUGUUUAUUUUGUUAAGCUGCUUUCACUUAAAUAUCAGUGGAUAAUAAUGAAGCGGGAGAUCAGCUUUAAAAAACAAUAAAGGUCCAAGGAUUGAUCCUUGAGGAACUCCUGAGAAAAGUCACGUAAACUGCAGAUUCAUAACCUUCAGCAUCCUCCGUCCUUGUUUACAAUCACACCCUGAGGCUGCCUAAAUCUGCUCACUGGAGGAUUAACGUCUGUCCAAGGUGAAUAACAGCAGAGGGGGGACCAGAUAAAACAUGACGUAUUCUCUUAAAACAUGAAAAUAAUGAAAAUGUGGGUUGUAUGUUUAGGAUGCUUACACACAGUUUUUAGUUUUGAAAGCAGCAGCGAGAGGAGCUGAUCUGUCUCUGAGGGAAGGAUGAAUCAUUUAAGAGGAGUCCCCUGUGGAGCUGAGAGAAAGGUUUUAUCCUCGAUGUCAUUUAUCCACGAUCUCUAGAGUAAACACCGAGCAAUUACUCUGAAAGUCUGAGGGAGCUUUGACGACAAAUGAAGGACGAGUUUGGGGUCUUUUAGAAGAAGAAGAAGCAGAAGAAGAAGAAGCAGCAGCUGUGUUUUUAUUAUUAUUUCAAAAACAUACUGGUGUGUUUGUUUCUCUCUGACUGAUCUAUGACUGUCUGCUGGUGUUUGUUUGUUUGUUUUUGUCCAUAUUUACUGAGGCUUUUGAGGGGGUUUGUUCUGUGACACUCUAUUUAAAGGGAUAUUCUGCAGAUUUUUACCUCUUUUGAGCCCAUAAUCAUCAUCCUAUUAGAAUUAAGCUCUUGUGUUUACUCUUCAAACUCUCAAAUCUAACGCAGAUGCUCUCUGUCUCAGAUUUAGCUCAACGAGGCUUCAAAAUCUGAUCACCUGACGUGCCAUCAUCUCAUAUAUUUGGUUUCAAGUCCUCCACUUUGUUCAUCACUGGGCUGACAGAUAUUAGAUGUAGGGAAAUAUAACAGAGCGCUCAUAUCUAACUGUUUUUUUAUUGGAGUACGCAGCUGGAGGUCUGCAGCAGAUUCUGAGGGUGAAGCUGCAGCUGCAAACACUCCAUUACAUCCUGGUAUUUUUAGACACCACAGGCAAAACUAAAGGAAGAGGAUAACUCCGAUAAUUCAGCCUCUUUUUAUGGUUUGACACAGUUUUCAUAUCGCUCAGUCCUGUAAAACUGUCCUCUUUAUCAUUUUUCUGGGUCUUGAUAGACUCGUCUGUUUAUUUCUAACCUGACCUGACUCCACCCAGGUCCCGUCCCCCCUCUGCUGACUUCUGUUGGAGGUGUAUUAGCGAUGCAGACCGCGCUGCCUCAGCGUUAAGUUUCAGCGCUCUCCCACGAAUAGCCCAACGCUCCGUGUUCGCCAGCCAAAAUCAAUCAGCAGCCUCCUCCCUCCUGGCCGGUAUCAGCCGGGCUCUGCUCUCCUCCACUCCUUAAUAAUUUACCUUCACUUCAUCCCUCCAUCAUCCCGUCCUUUGGUUUCACUCGCAGCUUUGGCUCAGUCCUGUCCUGCUUUACUUCAUGUUGUUCUCCUCCUACAAAUGGUCCCUGUUUCAGUCAUACAAGAGUCCUUCACUGCUGCGUUCCUCCUCUCACAUCACCGAUCCAUGACUUUAUUAAACCUCUGAUGUUAUUAAGGAGGUCAGAGAGCGAACAAAAAGCUUCUGUACUGGCUGACAGAGACUCAGUGGACUUUUUAAUUUGAAAUAUGAUGAGUGGAGGUUGACAGUUUGCUCUCACUGUGAGGAGAUCAUGAUAACACAAUAGAGACUUACACCAGAGAGCGUGACUGAGAUUUUAGGAAGAACUCAGAGUGAUGAUAAUUACCCAAAGACCUGAUACUCGACGGUCUCUCUGCGCACUCAGACAUGUAUUGAUUUUCUGAAACUCAUUUUUAGAGAGAAGAGCCACAGGAAAAUCACUUCUCUGUAUUUUCUUUAGCAGUUUCAUGAACAAAAUAUCACCUCUGUUUUUCACUCUCAUCGUCUGAAGGUCUUGGGGAAAGUUACACCAACAGGGACACUCUAUCUGUGUUUACCUGAGCAGAGGACACUCACCUGGUUCUUCUUACUUCUGCGGUGGAGAGGACAAAAAAAACCCUGACGUGUCGCGGAUCGAUAUUUAGUAAUUGGAUUUAUCAUCCAAUAUGUUUUCAGGCACAACAACGAGAAGACGUUCCUGGUCUGGAUCAAUGAGGAGGAUCACACCAGGGUCAUCUCCAUGGAGAAGGGAGGGAACAUGAAGCGGGUCUUUGAGAGGUUCUGCAGAGGCCUGAAGGAGGUACGGCCGUGUUUACUAACAAAUGUGGAUUCUUUAGAUGUUUGAGGAGAGACUUGGCUGCUUCACAUCUCUGCUGGACUUGAGACAAGCCUUAAGACCGACUUUUAGAGGUCUGUCUCGAACCCUACAGCGUUGCCCCUCUGCCUCGUCUCGGUCUCAGACUAAGAGACCUCUACUUUUUAAUUCAAAGCAGUCCAAAUCGUGUAGGAUGUAGGAGGAGGACAUCUAUUGUAGGAUGUUCACGUCCUCCAAACUUGUCAGAGGUCAGAGAUUACCUGAAUGAAACACGCGCUGAUGUCGCUGCGUCUGAUUGGUUCUCUCAGGUGGAGCGUCUGAUCCAGGAGAAAGGCUGGGAGUUCAUGUGGAACGAGAGGCUCGGUUACAUCCUCACCUGCCCCUCAAACCUGGGCACAGGACUCAGAGCCGGGGUCCACGUCAAACUGCCCCUGUUGAGCAAGGUAACACAAUCCUAACACAAAUGUCAUUCAGACCCCUGAUGAUGAAAUAAUGCUCGUAGAUUUAUACAAACUCCUCCCCCUCCUGUCCUCAGGACGCUCGCUUCGGUAAGAUCCUGAGUAACCUGCGCCUUCAGAAGAGAGGGACGGGUGGAGUGGACACGGCCGCUGUGGGAGGAACAUUCGACAUCUCCAACCUGGACCGCCUGGGACAGUCUGAGGUCAGAACAUGCAUGAAUAUUUAAAUAUGCAAACGUCCUCGGAGUGUUUAUUUUCACGUUUUUUUUCGUAUCACCAGCAUCAUCUCAGCCAAUCAGAGGCUGCUGUUCUCUUGUUGUGUAUCAGUCCUCCUCACUGCAGACAGAGCUCUGGUCUCUCCACCAGACUGCUGCAGUGAUUUGUUGACAUCUUCCUCUGGAGGUGGCGUCCUCCUCGUCCUCCUGACACUGUAAUCUUAAUAACAUAAAAAUGUGUUUUUAUCCUCGUAUCUUCUUCUGUGUGCAUGUUUGAGAUUAUGAAGCUGAAUAUAUCUGUGAGGUUUGACUUCAUCCACAUUAUGCAACAACAAUUUUGAGUCAGUCAGGUUUAAAAAAACAAAAACGCUGAACCUUCAAAUGCGGCGCUCGGUUUGACAUCGUUGAAGACUGACUCCCCUCGCUGUGAAGCUCUGAACAGAAAGAGAGGAUGCUGAAGCUCAUGUUAAGCUCAUCAGGUCAGCCUUCAAAGCUCAGUCUUCUCUGAACAACUGAACCACCUUUGACGAACUCAAAUAAGACCGUUUACAAUCGAAUGUUUCAGGACUACAGCGUGAGGGUCGUAGUGAGAGAGGGGAGAUGUUGUCCGGACUGAUCCUGUUGUGUGUCUUUGUUAUGUCACUGGUGGUCAUGCUGUCAUUCCUACGUGACGGUCAUACAGCACAAUAGAGCCGUUCUCUCCUGGUAUUAUUCUCUGUAGGUUGGAGCGCGGCGUGCUAAUUAGCUCUCAGAUUGAGGAUCACUCAUCAGACUUUCUUACUGUUACAUAAUCCUGAGAUCAUGGGACUCUUAGAGAUCCAGAGAGAGAGAGAGAGAGAGAGAGCACAGUCUGCUGUUUGCUCAUGGGCAGAGGAAAUGAAUCCAGGUUUUAAAAUAAAGAGACGUUAAAGGGUUGGAUCGUGUUAGAAGACCUCAGACAUCCACUUCUUCUCUGAGCGUUUUUGAGUUCGCUGUUCGCUGCUGUUUUGUUCCACAGCAUCCAGAUUCCAGACCGAUGAGCACUUAGGAGAGCGGCUCUCUGUGAGCCAAGUCCACAAGAUGAUCGAUGGAGGUGAAGUAGGGACAGCUGCAGCAAAGACCAGGAGGAAAUAACAAAUACAGACUCCAGGAUGUUCCAGGAUACAAACUCUGUUUUUGUAAUGAUGGGUGGAAACCUCAAAGACUUAAAGAUUUUAAAUAAUAAAAAUAAUGAUAAAGUUUAUUUAUGAGACGCUUUUCAAGAACAGGCUUCAUUAAGAGCUUCACAAUAAUGUAUAAAAAUACAAAACAUACAGCAGAAUGUAAAAUGAGAAGAGAGAGGGACACCUUUGAAAGAGAAAACUGCUGUGGGCCCAGGACAGAACCCUGAGGAACUCCACGAGACAUCAGCCUGCAUCACGUUCCUGAGUAGAGCAGUUUCUGUAGACCCAGAUGAGGAUUUAUCAGAUGUGGGUCUGUGGUUUUCAGAGAGUGAGGGGUCAAGAUUUGAUUUGUUUUGGGCUGAAAUGCAGCGUGUUUGGAAAAGGAUAAGACCCAAAGAGACCCAGAGAUCCUGGUCUUCACAUGUCCAUCCAUCCGUUUACUUACCGGGGUCGGGUCACGCCUCCUGCAGUUUUUCUAACAGACCAUAAUCCUGACGUCCGUUUGGUUCUCCUCUCCUCCGUCUUUCAGGUCCACCUGGUCCAGACGGUGAUCGAUGGCGUCAACUACCUGAUCGAGUGCGAGAAGAGACUGGAGAGAGGCCAGGACAUCAAGGUGCCCCCACCCAUCAAGCAGUCCAAGUAGACCCCACUGACCCCUGAGCUCACCCCACAAACCUCUGGGCACGCACGCACAUGCACAAACACCCCCUCUGUGCCCGUAGAUAUGACAAGUAUCUAUGCCAUCUCCUCAUUUAUUAAACUACUACUUAUCUACUCACCUCCCCACCCCCACCCCGGCCCCUCACCCGCCCUCCUUCUAUACCUCUCUAUGAUAUAAUCUACGUGUACGACAUACAGCUAUCAGGCUAAACCAAACUAAGUCCUACUGUACUGCAUUUGGCUUCAGAGUGUUUGAGACGCAUUUGAAAAGUUUUGAUCCUUAAACUGAAAUCUAAACCUCGCUCUAACGUGACAGCAAAGGAUGCACAAAUUACAGGCUGAAUCAGAGCAAAAAUGGCCGCCACUGCGCCCACCUCUGCAUGGCCAAACAGUAUCUCUGGCUCUCCACGGCCCACCUGACCUGGCUUUCCCCCCUUGCCUCCUCCUCCUUCCUCUCCUGACGCAUGUCCUAUACUCAGUCCCCUUCCCCUCAGUCCUGUGUGUUGUUUGGUCAUGACUACUAUCUGGUGCUUAUGAAGUCCAUAUCCAUCCGUGCUUUAUUUCCAUGGUAGGUUGUGUGUUUGUCUUCAGCGUGACGAGUGGGUUUGAAUGUAGAUUAACAGGGUACGACAGAGGAAACUCGAGGUUUUGUACAUGUCGAUGACACACCGGUGUCAUCAUGUAAUAGCGCACACUGGCCGGGCUGGGUCCUGUACUGUAAGCUACUGAAGCAAUAUCAUUCCAGCUCAUCACUGAAUGUCACACCGUCAUGUCUUUUAUUAAAGAAAUCAUCUAUUUAACAGUAACAGCUCCUCCUCCUUCUCUUUCUCUCUCUUUGUCGCUGAAGCGUUUCCUUUUUUAGUCUCCACACCACCCCGGGUUCAGCUCUUUGGUUUCCAGGAGGAUUUUUGCCCGAGCGUGCAGCACCAAGCUUUAAGUAACCAUGGUAACCAAGCUCCAGGAACGUGAUUGCGAUCAGCGUGGGUGCAAAGCAUCAUGUGACCGUGUUUAGUCAGAGGC